AUGGAAAGGGGCCUCCGACAAGGGGACUCUCUUGCCCCCUUUCUGUUUCUCAUUGUUGCUGAAGGAGUCAAUGGACUUAUGAAGAGUGCUGUUCAAAAGGGUAAAUUUUCAGGGUACAAGGUGGGAAAUCAUGAUCAGGUGGAGGUAGCACUAUCUCAGUUCGCAGAUGACACUAUUUUCUUUGGGGACGCGACAAUCCAGAACGUACAAACCAUCAAGUGCAUCCUCCGAUGCUUUGAAUUAAUCUCAGGCCUCCGAGUCAACUUCCAUAAAAGCAAACUGGCAGGGAUAGCUGUGUCGGCCUCUGAGGUAACCAAGUAUGCCAAUUUACUUAACUACAAGACUAUGACUAUCCCCUUCAUCUACUUAGGGAAAUGGAAGUGGAGGAUCCUAUGUGAAGGAGACCGUCUAUGGAGCAGAGUAAUCAAGGCCAAAUAUAAGAUACCAAGAUUGGGUGAACAAGCAGUGGCCUCGGGGAAUAUGUACCCUUGGUGGAAGGAUAUAAUUCGAUGGUGUUAUAUGCAACCGAACGCAAACUGGUUGGAUCAAAACAUAUCCAAGGUGUUAGGGAAUGGGAAAGGAACAAAUUUUUGGGCUGAUAAAUGGGUGGGAGAAGCAAACUUGGCUGCCAAACAUAUGAGACUCCAUAGAUUAUCUGCCCAGAAACAAUGCUGUAUAAAUGAUAUGGGUAAAUGGGACGCGAGUGUGUGGAGCUGGAGAUUUACUUGGAGCAGAGGACUACUGGAAUGUGAACAACAAUGGGUUGGAGAACUAUUAGCUGACCUAGGAAAUGCCCAGCCGCGCGAAAAUGUAGAGGAUAAAUGGUGUUGGGGUGGGAAUGUAGAGGGGAUAUAUACAGUAAAGUCUGCAUAUGAGCAGAUACAGAACUUGCUGGAAGAUGAAGGAAUGGAAGUGUAUAAGCUGUUAUGGAAGAUUCCUGCCCCCUCUAACGUGUUAGGGUUUAUUUGGAAAGCGCUACAGGGAAGGAUCCAGACAAGGGCAAAUCUAAGGAAGAAAAAUGUGUUACAAACAGGUAUAGAGAUAAACUGCCCCUUCUGUGGAUUGCUUGAAGAAACAACAGAACAUGUGCUUCUAUCUUGUGAGUUCUCAUAUGGAAUGUGGAGGAAAUGCUAUAGAUGGCUUGGACAAGGCAUAGUGCUCCCUAAUGACUGCCGGGCUCAUUUCCUGCAACAUGGCAGCGUCGGUUGGAAUCAGAAACAUAAGAGGGGAGCUUGGAUAAUUUGGGUGGCUGAAAGGGAGGUCGAAGAUGGGUGCUCGUGGUGUUCUUCACCCUCUGACGUGGGGGACUUGAGUUUUGUGGAUCCUGCUCUUGAGGUCCUUACCCUGAGGCCUCAGAAGUGGGGUGCCUUAGAGGGUCCUCGUGGGUGUCCAAAGAAAUAUGUCGUCAUGGGAAAUUUGGACACCCCAUUAUCUUUCCUUCUUCAGGCACUUAUUUUACGCUUGCAAAGAAGGCUUGGAUUUUAG